AUGUAUGAGGCCAUGCCAAAGAAUCUGAGUAAAUUAAGAGAAGUCCAAGAGGACUACAUAGUCUUGGAAGAACUCCAGGAAGGAAUCUAUGACAAACUGGCAAAAGGAACUAGUAGAGGAGAAAAUGUGGUAGAGCCACAGAACCCUCCAGUGCCAGCCCAAGGAGCAGGGCGAUCCAACAAUGGAUCAACCCAGUUUGAUAAACAUCGGACUGGAGGAUGGAAAGGUCGAGAACAUACCCAGCAAAAUAAGGGAAAAUUCGUAGACCCAGUUUAUACAAAACUAAACACCCCAAUAUCCGAGAUCCUCAAGAAUAUCGACGGACAGCAUACGAUCACCUACCCAUGGAACAGGGGUCAGCAACCAGAACAAACUAAAAACAGGACUGAUUUUUGUGAAUUCUACCAAUUUCACAGCCACACGACAGACUCGUGUAGGGACUUAAAGAAGGUACUGCAAGAUAUGAUCAACGAGGGCAAGCUCCAAGAAUACAUUGCACAACCAACAAUCCCACCAACUAUCGGGGCACCCAUACAUCGUGUGGAAAUUCCUCGUGAGGCGCAAUACUUAGGUUGUAGCACCAUAUCAAACUCGGAGAUUACUGCCCCUGCACGAGAAGGAAGCAUCAAGGGGCGACUCCACAAGCGCAACUUCAAAGGUGAUGAAGUUUUGAGAGUGGCUAAAGAAACCCCAAUGGAUGACUGGAUGAAACUCCCCAUAAGCUUUUCAUCCUUGGAGGCGCCAGAAGGAGGAUGCAUCCACAACGAUCCUCUAGUGGUUACGAUGGCCAUUGCACUCCCUAAACAUGAGGACGAGGAAGCAAAAAAAAAAUCACUACCAUGGGCAAUGCCCAAAAUUCUAAUUGAUGGUGGCAGCUCUGUGGAGAUAUUGUUCUAUGAAACAUUCAAACAAAUGGGCCUCAAAGACGAAUGCCUCAUACCCUCAACUUACAACAUAUUUGGCUUUAACGGGUCAUCGACUCGUCCAAGAGGGAAGAUAACAUUAGAAAUCCAGGUGGGAAGAAUCCUUACCAUAACCGCUUUCUGUGUGGUAGACGUGCUAUCACUCUACACAGUCAUUUUCGGAUGA